CACCAUGUAGUGACCAUUGGGAGUUAUAGCUGUUGGGUUUUUCUCAUAAUAUAUAUCUUUUUUAAAGCUUAUACCGCUCUUUUUAGGAUUUAAAUCUCUUGAAUUUGGAUUUCAUGAUGAUGAUUAUGAUCAUUACAUUUCGGAUUUUUUAGCUGAUUUUUUCUUUUAAUUUUUUAAUUUUUUAUUUUGCAUUGUUAUAAAAUCAGGAAAUCAUUUUGUGAAAGUGAAAAUAAGUCCAAUUUCUGCUCAUAUUCCCAUUUGGUGGUGACCAUAUUCAUGGAAUUCCUCCGCCUCGAUGGGAUCGCCUCGGCCAAAGAUGUGGAACCCAGCGAAGCAUUCCAAAUCUCUCACAGUGCCAGCACACCACGGCGUGAGCUUAAAGAGCAGGACCUUCUCCGGCAACUUGAGGAGAAUUCUGGUAAUAAUCCUGAUUGCACCGUUGAUUGCACCCUAAAGCUGGGUCUCUCUUCAGAAACGACAUCCCAACCGUUGAGAGACGAUCAAAAGCCUCGAUUCGAUGCCAAGAACAUUUACUCACAGGCCAUGGGAAACUAUGGAAUGGUGAAUGGAGGGUAUGGCUUAUACAACAGAUGGGGUAAUGUGGGCCCAAGCCACAUGAACUGGCUACCAGUGGGCCUCGGUGGCAGAAGUGGUUACUAUGGAAGUUCAUCGAUGGCAGUUCCUGGUACUUCUACUCUCUUCGACAGGGAUUAUGCAAUGUACUCAGCAUUAGCCAGGCAACAAAACAGUACCUCCAUGAGUAGAUUCUUUCCAAGGAAGCCUGAUGAGUACAUCAACUGCAUAAGAAAAUGCGUAAAGUGUGAAACUACAACAACACCAUUGUGGCGCAAUGGUCCCAAGGGUUCAAAGUCUCUAUGCAAUGCUUGUGGGAUUCGAUACAAGAAGGAAGAGAGGAGAGCUCUAGGAAUUCCAGACAACUAUAGCAGACCAAAGGGAGGUGCAGUGAAGGAGCCCGAUUCUACUGUUGAAUCUUCCAAGAAACCCAAGUACUAGAAACUAGCUGUCAGUAAGUGUUGUUGCUGUUGCUACUGCUGCAGCUUUCUUUUGUUUGCAUGUGU